UUAAAAAAAGGCCCCGAGAGCUUAAUUUGAGCCCCUAAUUAAUUUUUACUGGUCCCUUUCUUCUUCCCGAAGUAGCUCCUGCCUCCCAGAGUCGCUGACCUGACCGCUCGACGCGACUAAUUUUCAUCUUCUUUCGAAGGCAACUGGACGACUAAUCAGAAUACUUGCUUUGCGCUGUCUAGUUCCUAGAUAUACCUUCAGAGAGGAGAGUGCCGUGGAAGAGACUGAGUGAGGGAAGUGAAAGGAUGUUUGACGAUCAAGAUCUCGGCUUCUUUGCAAAUUUUCUCGGGAUCUUUAUAUUUGUAUUGGUAAUAGCAUAUCACUAUGUGAUGGCUGAUCCAAAAUAUGAGGGUAACUAAGCGAUCUCCUCCAAUUUUCUACAGCAUGGAGGCAACUUCCAAAAACGGGCAUAUCUUUUUGGACCACCACUGUUGGUUUACAUUAUCUACUCUUCGUUUGGUACAUUCUCAAGAUCAAAAUGUUACUGUCUUUCAUAAUGUAGAAUGUGUUCUCAGACCGUGAGGACAUUGUUGCCUUCACCAAUGAAGCCUUAUUUGAUAUUGCUAAAUGCUCAACUCUUAAGUUAGUUCCAAUUGUUGCUCUUUUUGAAACUUAAAGAUGGUAAGCAAAUAUUUCUCAAA